AUGGUCGCGUCUCUACCUUCAUUCCUGCUCGUAUCUGCAUGCCUGUCCACUGUCGUGCAAGCGGAUGUUCCACCACUCAACUACCAAUACGCUAAUGCUUUGGAGAGCGAUCCUCAUCCGAUUGUCCUUUAUAAAGAUGACGUAUGGAACAUGAACCGUGAUGAUAAUGUCGGAUUCUCACUUGGUAUCAUUAAUGACAAAGAAGCCGCAAACUUGGGCAGACCUACGUUGACGGCGACCCCGUCGCUACUGAGGGACGGUGAAGAUCUUUUAAUUACCUGGAGUGGGGUGAAUUAUCCGCAUCAGCAGGACUUUUUGGGUCUCAGCUGUGGCCCAAAGGCCCAUGAGAAUGAUUUUCUAGUCAAAACCAGUAUCACCGUCGCCAAUCAAUCGAGAACGAAUGAUCCUGAGAUUCCUAAUUCCGUCCGGAUUUCGGGGCUGUAUAUGAUGCGAUGCAACUACACUGUCGAGUACUUUAAUUUCCAGCCUAAAACGAACGUCUUUGCUCGUCUUGCUAAACUGCAAGUUGGAAUGGUUGAAGCAUUUACUGCCCCGAAACAAGGACAUAUUGCCUUUACCGACAAUGUUGAUGAGAUGUCGGUGAUGUUCAAUUCGGCAUCAAACGAGAUACCUGUGGUCAAAUACGGUCUUGAUUCUACUGCAUUGAAUGGGCAUGUCGAGGGCACAUUUAAGACUUAUACUGCAGCUAACUUGUGUAGCCUACCGGCAAAUCUGACUAGCCAGCAAUGGUUUCGUGACCCGGGCAAUAUGCAUAAGGUCAUCUUAAAGGGGUUGAAGCUGGGGACACGAUAUUUUUACAAGUUUGGUAGUGAAAAAGACGGCUGGAGCUUGAUCUACUCAUUCAUGAGUCGCCCAGAUCCGUCUGUAAAAGUCGCGAAAUUCAUAGCUUACGCUGAUAUGGGCGUCGAUCCUGCACCUGAGGCGUCCUCGACGGCUAUGCGGUCGUUUGAAGAUGUAAUGGACGGUUAUGACAACUUCCUCUUGCACUUUGGUGAUAUUAGCUAUGCUCGGGGUCACGCACACAUUUGGGACGAGUUUUUUCACAUCAUUGAGCCGUACGCCACAAGGGUUCCCUACAUGGUUAGUAUCGGUAACCACGAAUAUGACUACACGUCAGGUGGCGCUAAUGAUCCUUCUGGAGCUGCAGGCGCGGACGGGAGAAUGGACUUCCACCCGGACUGGGCCAACUACGGCGAGGAUUCGUCUGGUGAAUGCUCGGUGCCGAUGUUCUACCGUUGGGAUGCUCCUGCCAAUGGCAAUAGCAUCUAUUGGUACUCAUUCGAUUACGGUGGAAUUCACGUCAUCCAGAUUUCAUCAGAGCACGAUUGGCGCCGCGGAUCGAAGCAAUAUAAGUGGCUGGAGAACGACUUGAAGAGUGUGGAUCGGACGCAGAUACCGUGGAUUGUCCUCACGUCUCACCGGAUGAUGUACACAACACAGGUCGGCGAGGAAGCUGACUACAAGAUAGCUCAGCACUUUCGCGAUGAGGUUGAGGACUUGCUUUGGGACUACAAGGUGAAUCUAAUGUUGGUGGGUCAUCAGCACUCAUACGAACGCAGCUGUGCAGUGCGCAAAGGAAAGUGUACUAAGGAUGGCAAGGGGCCCGUCCACAUUGUGAUUGGAUCCGCAGGCGCUGGCUUGGAGAAGCAAGGCUUCUCGAAUAAGUUAGGUGAAUGGAGCGUAAGUCACGUAAACGACUGGGGCCGCCUUCGCAUCGACUCGACCGAGAAGUCCAUGAGUGUGCAGUUCGUUCUAAAUCGCAAUGGUGUCGUCUACGAUGAUGUCACUUUGACUCCGUGGAUGUAA